AUGGCUGCGUGGCCUCAGCCACCACGCUCACCCAAACUGAAUGGCGGGCGAUUUGAGUCGGACACCGCAGGCUUCCAGAGUCUCGGCGCCUUUAGUCACGACCCCUUCCGUGGCGGCACCGGCCUAGAAAUGGGCGGGCUCGACUUAGGUCUGGGUCCUCCCUCAGGUGGCUCCAUGGGUCUCGACAUGGGCUUGAACCUUCAGCAGCCGCCUCUACCCAUGGCGCCUCCUCCUGCGCCAUCUUCUGGUCUUAACGAGGGCGGAAGUGCGCUCUACCACCUCCAACACCAGCAGCAGCUCCACCACCGACAAGAUAUACGUAUGGGCUCCGGUUUAAGCUCCCUAGCUUCUCUAGGGGGCGUGGAAUUCGGACAGCAGAACAGAGAUGACUUUAUCUCGGACAGACGUGGAUUCGAUCUCUCGGACGCUAUGCUCAAUCUGGACUUAGGCGGAGGAAUGCUGGGCAAUGAACGUGGUGUCUUAGGAGGCAAUGAAUGGGGAGAUUCCUCUGCAAGUCUCUCGUCUGCGUCACCGUCAACAGCGUCACUACGAGACCAGAUGAAUGCUCAAAUGGCUGCACUGUACCAACACCCGAAGCCUCCCAGCGACCGAUUACUAUUCCAGCCUCCACAGCAGCAUCAACGCCAACCUUUGGCACAGUCAGGGAGUGAUUUAUUGGGUCUUCUCAAUGGGAAUAAUUCUAACUUAGGGGGAGGGUUUCCAGGUUUCCCCGCAUCCAGUCCGAGUAAUACUUCCUCACAUGGGGGGCUAGCACCUACCAUGUCACCUAGUCGAGGCCCUCACUCGAGAAGCUCCACACCGUCACGUACACGUCGUUCUCCCGCCAAAUCUCCGCUGCUACAUCGAGAUAACUCAGCCCCCAGUUCACUAUCUGGAGGUCAAGGCAAUUCGAUCCACGUGUCGCCUGAAGUAACGAAACCCAACGAUAACAUCAAGGUGCAAGUCUCUCUCUUAGCCGAAGAAUGCGUCGUCGGGCGCGUGUUACUUGUGGGACUCUUUCGUCUCGGACAACCCACCAACGACAAGCCAAUCUUCGUGAAACAAGUCCUCUUCGAGAACAAACUACACCGAAACUACCGAUACCUGAACACGCGCAUCACCUUCCGCGCGCCUCGUUCACCCGGGGAGUUUGAGUUCCGUGUCUUUGAAGACAAAAGUCAUGGCCAUCAGAGCGGGAAACGACCAGGUGACGACCAUCACGACUCGCAUCAUCACGGCAAAGUCUCGUACUCGAACGUCACGAUCGCGCGUAGUAAUCGACUCAAGGUUUGUCUGGAGUACAGCCACUUUAUCGACACGUUGCGUGCCACACACGACAAAUUCCAGCAAGGCGUGGUGGACGGAGACGCUGGCUUAGUGCUGAGUGCGCUUCUCGCGUUGAUGAGACUGGUGGAUCAAGUGGAGACGGUGUUUCUACACGGCCACGCUCUAUUGGGAGAUCUAUUGGAAGCCUGUCUUGGAUUACUUGAACGUCGCGCAGAGGACAUCGCGCGGUCUUUUACAGCCACUGAGACGAUCCCACAUCCAAUGGAGACUUUCCACGGCACCUUGCGCAAUGUAUUGAACGCGAUCGAAGCCAAUAAAUACGUCCGAGAACUCGUAGCGGACGACCAACUAGCGGACAUCGCUCGGAUUCAACGUGAACGGUUUUGUCAAGUCAGCGGCCUCUACUUUGCGAAUAGUGCGGAUCGCUGUGCCUUCUGGCUUGAACACUUUGGGUUUGCACCUAUUGAGAUGGGAUCCGAAGACGGCGUGCUCCACAGUUGUGAGUUUGUCACCCGUGCGUUGACUCAAUGGGUGGAACGAGAAGCUGCUGUGUUGAUGCCGGACCGCACGACGUUCCGAGCGUCGCGCCAGUCGAUUUAUGACCAAUUACAUGCUGAAGUCAUCUCGAAGCUUUCGUUCACGUGCGAGUUGGACGUUUUCGGGUCGUCAGCGAACGAGUUUGGCAACGAACAUAGCGACAUGGACAUGUGCUUAGUGUUACCGGAAGUAGCGACCCCCACAGUGGAGGACAAGCAGCGUAUGUUGAUGGAAGUUGUGGCUUGCUUGGAAGCGCGUCCGGAUCUCUUCACGUCGGUGGACACGACGCGGUUGACGGCGCGUAUUCCGAUCGUCAUGUUCGUGUCGCGUGCGUCGGGUAUCGAGUGCGACUUGUGCGUGGAGAACCGACUAGCGCAACGCAACACGUCGCUGCUACGUGCCUAUGCUAGUGCCGACCCACGCGUGCGUAUGUUGGCGUAUGUGCUCAAGCAGUUUGUAAAGCAGAGACGGAUGAAUUGUGCUGCGGAGGGCACUUUGUCGUCGUACGGGUACUUACUACUGCUCAUCCACUUCCUCCAACGUCAAGAUCCUCCUGUGUUGCCAGUCUUGCAAGCGUUACCUCCCAAUUGGCCCGAGUUGCCGAGUGAACCGCUACCAACUGUGUUAAGUCGAGGCCCCAGUGAAGAAUUGGAUCCAUCCGACGGCAAGAGCGGCAUCGACACGUACUUCUACGACCCGUUCGCGUUCCAAGAACCCAAGGAAAAGCUCGCUGUCUUGCGGGAAUACUGCUCACGUAACACACAGACAGUAGGCGAGUUGUUGCUGGGUUUCCUACGCUACUACGGGCUGCAGUUCGACGCCACGCGAGACGUCGUGAGUGUGCGUCGUCCGGAUGCCGGGACGGUGACUAAAGACGACAAGCGCCACACGUGUCAAUGGCGCUUCACCACACGCUUAAGCAUCGAAGAUCCGUUCGAAGUGGGCUACGACGUGGCUCAUGUGCUCAAAGGUUCUCGUGACAAGUACAUUCGACAGCAAUUCGUACGCGCCUACGUGUUGCUCAUGGACGGCGCUAUCCAACACGAGAGUUCAACCGAGGAGAACGCUGUCGAAGCGGUGGAACGCAUCAUGACGAUCGUCAACGAACAUGUCCUGGACGUACCGUUCCUGCAGACUUCUCAUCCUCUGUCACCUGUGCCGAUGCAGUCCUUUGACCAUCAAUGAAUAGAAAAAAAUAAAGACUGAACACUGUUCCUAACUUUUGGGGGCUUUUGGUCUAUCACUUCUUGUCCUUCACACACAAAGUCCACGAGACGACGAGUACUUCUUCAGCUCGCGUGUACUUGAUGUGAACUGUGUCGGCCACACUCACAGUGUACGUUGCUCCAGCUUGGACCACACUUUCUCGCAGAUUCCAGC